CAGACUUUCCAGAUGUGGUUGUGACAUAGUCAUUGCUAGCACCUGCGGAGGCGAAAACUUCCGCAAUUGACGUUAGAAACCAUAAUUAGUGGACCGCAUGCACGCCCUUUCAAACACAUGUCCUAUUACGUUUCGGCAGGAACUAGAGGAAAUACACGGAAGCGCCCGGGCCUAUAAAGACGGUAGACCGACAUAAACCGCCGUCAUCAGAUCAACUUCAGCACUAUCAAUUUUCCCCCAUCCACAUCAACAAACAACGAAACCAUUUAACUGAAUCCUUGUGCCCAUUAUCUGAUCUUCGACAACAUGCAGCUUCGGAAAGAUCACGUGGAGAACAGCAUCCGGGUGCUUCGUCAACUCAUCAAGGAUUAUCCCCUCGGCAUCCUCACAACAGCCAUUCCGUCCGCCGACCACCCGUUCAUCCAGUCCAGUCACAUUCCCUGGGUAUUGGACGUCGAAGAUGACUCUAGCGAAACUGAGCUGGGCGUCCUGAGAGGGCACGUGGCGCGCGCAAAUCCUCAGUGCAAGGCGAUGGUUGAGUCACUAUCAGCAGAAAACCGGACUGAUACCGGAAAUGUUCUCGAUCAGGAGGUGCUGGUCCUCUUCACCGCGCCCGCCCAUUCCUAUGUCACGCCGAAGUUCUACGUCGAGACCAAGCCGACGACGGCUAAGGUCGUGCCGACGUGGAAUUAUGCCGCGGUGCAGGCGUACGGCCGCGCUAAGAUCUUCUACGAGUCAAAGGCCGAGGAGACGUCGAGUUUCCUGAACAAGCAGCUUCACGAUCUCUCACAACUUGGAGAGCAGUCAAUCAUGGGAUACACCGGUCAAGGUGGCCGUCCUGGGCCGUGGCAAAUUUCGGACGCCCCACAACGGUACAUUGAUCUGUCUAAAAUGGCUAUCAUUGGCAUCGAGAUCACCAUCGACAGGCUGCAGGGCAAAUUCAAGAUGAGCCAGGAGUUGGGCGAGGAUGAUCGCCAAGGUGUUGUCGCGGGGUUCAAGGCGUUGAACUCGGACUUGGGCAACCAGAUUUCAGCACUGGUAAAGGAGCGCGGCGAGUUGAAGCAGAAAUCUAAACAAUAAAAUUCACCUAAGGUUUUGUCCAUUGAAUGUUGUUUCUUGAGCGAUAGGUGACUCUCAAACCAUUGCCCCGCGUAUUUGGCGUAAAUCUGGGGUUCAAUAUUAACGGGCCGCAAGCGCAUGUAGCCGGCCCGGUGCUGAGCUAGGGGGCGGCAUGUAGGUACGACUUUCAAGCGACCAAUGCGAGGUAAUGAAUGACCCAAC